AUGCUUCGCCGACAAGCACGUUUACGAAGAGAGUAUCUCUACCGGAAAGCAGUUGAAAGCAAACACAAAAUCGUACAGGAUAAAAAGGAACGAAUUAAACGGUCGCUCGAGGAACACAUACCGAUACAUGGGGACCUCAAGAAGGAUGCACUAGCGCUACAGGAAAAGCUCAAAUGGACCGACGAGGGUCCGAAACGUGCCGCAGAAUUUGGUGGUGUUAGCGGUGGAGCGAAUACGGCCGAUUCGAAGGACGACGAGUAUCGGUACGCUGGCUGCGAGGAUCCGAAGAUCAUGAUUACAACAUCGCGCGAUCCAUCCUCCCGGCUGAAACAGUUCGUCAAGGAAUUACGACUGAUUUUUCCCAAUGCGCAACGAAUGAACCGUGGUAACUUCGAAAUGAAACAACUCAUACACGCCUGCCGGGCAAACAAUGUGACCGAUUUCAUCGUGGUCCACGAACAUGGCGGCGUGCCGGACAAUCUCAUCAUCUGCCACCUGCCUUACGGUCCGACGGCAAGCUUCAACAUUUCGGGCAUCGUGAUGCGUCACGACAUUCCAGACAUUGGGACGAUGAGCGAGCAGAAACCGCACCUGAUCUUUCACAACUUCAAGACGAAGCUUGCCGAACGGACGAUGUCCAUCCUGCGAUAUCUGUUCCCGGUGCCAAAGGAAGACUCGAAACGUGUCAUGACGUUUGCAAACCAUGACGAUUUCAUCAGCUUUCGGCAUCACACCUAUCGUACGGUGGAUAAGCAGCUGGAACUGACCGAGUGUGGGCCACGGUUUCAGCUGAAGCUUUAUCAAAUCAAGUUGGGCACGCUGGACGAACUGGAUGCGGCCGAUACGGAAUGGGUUUAUCGACCGUACAUGAAUACGGCGGCAAAGAGACGCUUCCUCUCGGAUGACGAUGGUUGGCAGGAGGAUAACCAAGUGCAGGAAUAA